GACACCUCAGUCACUGCUACAGAACUCUCGCAUGAUAUCUUGACAUAAUAUUCGAGGACGAGGAGGAGGAAGAAUCCACGUGUACAUGCGGCGACAUAGUCUGAGAGACGAAACUUCCAGAGUGAAGCAGUAAAGCUCCCACUAGGUUGCUGCUGACGACUUCCAAGGACUACAAGGUAUACCAUGGCGCGCUACUCAGAGACCGACUACCUGUGCGAGUGGGAGGACUGGUGCGGUGGUGAAGUUCCUUGCACUGCUUUCAUCGGCGGCGUGGACAGCGGUGAAAAUAUCUACAUCGGCCGGGCUAUGCACGGCGGCGACGUCCUCCCUGGGAAGAUCGUACCAUCCCACAACGUCUGCUACGUGUCGUACGAGGGACGUGAACAUCCCUACCACACGUGCCAGGUUCUGGUAACAAUGGACGACAGCCCGUUUGGGUGGGUACCUGACUCCAACGGACGUCUGCCGCCAGGUGCUAUCCAAGGUGGUCAGACAGAGGACGGCGAACCACUCUACAUUGGUCGGACUUUCCACGAAGGCGCCCUCACCAUUGGCAAGAUCCAGUGCUCGCACGGACGUCUUUACAUCCCAUACGGCGGAGGCGAGCAUUCUUACACCUCCUACGAAGCUCUUGUCUGUCGCACCCCAAAUUGCAGGUCGUACUGAUAACCGAAAAGGCUGGGACAACUUUCGAAAGCGACGGCCGAAUUUAAUAAACGGAGGUGUUUUCACAAACGUC